AGAGGGAAAGAAUUCGGGACGAAGGGAAGGACAGAAGGAGAGAUAAGAGGAAAGGAGAGUGAAGAAAUCAGCUGGGAUCAAUCAAUCCGAUCGCCGUCGUGCACCUCUUUCGGCAGGAGAGGAUCAACAAUGGGCUACUUGCCCUCUUCUCUGCGCAGGAAGGCGGUGAACUUGGUCUCCGACCUCACCACCGUUAUCUUCAAUCCAAUCUCCGACCGAUCCUCCGACCCAACAGAAGAACCAGGGACAAGUUCUGAUAAGUCAGAUUCAGAAAAGGACUUUGAGCCACCAGAGGGACCUGACACCUCAUCUUUUACAGCUUUUCUUGUCUCGCUUCUUUCUUCUACAGAUUCUAGUGGCCAUGUUGCUGAAGAAUCGAAGGAGCAACAAGAAGGAAUGGGAGAAACUGAAACAGCUUCGGAAUCAGUAAUGAAGGAACACAGUGUGAAGAAAGGUCUACUUUCAAGAGGCAAACAGUCUGUUGGAAAAGCUAUUCAAAGAAUAGCUUUUAUUGGUGGAUAUAGACAAAUAUCAGAGGCAAAAGCUGACGAAGCUGCAACAAAUGAUUCAGAACUUGUAGUACAAGAGUUGAAAAUAUUUUCAGAUGACAGGAGAUCAAGAUUUAAACUACCUGUUAUUUCAGAACCAUCAUCACUUAUGUCGGAAGAUAUGAGAAGAUUUCUUUAUUUUUCACUGCCUGCAGUGGCUCAAGGGAGGAAUUGGUUGUUGCUUUAUAGUACUUGGAGGCAUGGGAUUUCAUUAUCAACUUUGUACAGAAGAAGCUUGCUUUGCCCUGGUUACUGUCUUCUGGUUGUUGGGGAUCAGAAAGGUGCUGUUUUCGGUGGUUUAGCUGAGGCACCAUUUCGACCAUCUAAUAAGAAAUACCAGGGGACGAAUAGUAGCUUUGUUUUCACAAAUAUUUAUGACAGCCCUAUUAUCUUUCGCCCCACAGGUGCUAAUCAUUAUUUCACUCUCUGCUCUCCGGAUUAUUUUGCUAUGGGUGGAGGUGGCCACUUCGCACUAUACUUGGAUGUAGACUUGUUAAAUGGUUCAAGUUAUCAGUCAGAGACAUUCGGCAAUCCAUGCCUUGCACAUUCUGAGGACUUCAAAGUGAAGGAGGUUGAGUUAUGGGGCUUUGUUUACCCUUCAAAAUAUGAAGAGAUGUUAACUUUGUCUCGAACUGAGAAGCCCGGGAUCUGGAGCUGGUAAAUUGACUCAUGACGAAAAUUUUCAGGUCAGGAUGAAUCUUAAAGUUCUAUAUUUACUUUAUUUUGAGAUGAAUACAAGUGCAACACAUAUAUCUCUAAUUAUGUAACACUUGUGCUACACUCAUUUACUGGCGCACCUAAGUUUUCUCUUCGGUACGAACAUUAACCCAAUCAUCAACUUUGGGUCUAACCCAGUUUCACUGUAACUGGUUCAUGUGAAGCUGAUGUAAAUAUCUAGUUAGUUUGAUCUCUAUAUAACCAAUCAGAGUUAUUGGAGUGUCAGAGGAUAUCAUCAGUGAAAUAUAAAGAAAAGCAUGUGUACACAAAAACUGUCAUCCUCUUGACAGUAAUAUAAGGAGUAUAAUUUUGACAUUUCAGAAGUAGCUAGCUUGAUUUUUUUCUAU